AUGGUCCGGCGUGAACUGCCUUUGACGUCAGAUGUUGUGUACUCAUUCCAGCCGGCAAAAGAUCUAAGGAACCAUGAGGACACGGCGGUGGUAACAUCUGUAGAUAUCGAUGACUCGGGGCAUUGGUGCAUCACCGCAGGCACUGACGAGGCGAUCCAGCUGUACGAUUGUAAUGCUGGAAAGCACACGAAGACGGUAGCGAGCAAGAAAUACGGUGCUCACUUGGCAAAAUUUACUCAUUCACCCACAAAUUGUGUUUAUGCAUCCACAAAAGAAGACGAUACUAUCAGAUAUCUAUCUUUACAUGACAACCAGUACGUGAGAUAUUUCAGAGGCCACAAGAACAAGGUCACUGGACUGGAAAUCAGUCCCACGAGCGACGUGAUGUUAUCAACAGCUCUAGAUAGAUCUGUGCGGAUCUGGGAUCUGAGAUCACAGCACUGCCAGGGCCUGUUAACGGUUCCGACCCCGUGCCAAGUCGCUUUCGAUGCGACUGGCCUGGUUUUUGCAGUAGCUUCUCAAGAGCUACGAACUGUCGCGUUUUAUGACGUCAGAUCCUUCGAUAAAGAGCCAUUUGUUUCAUUCAGAGCCGAGGUCGAUGGUAAUUGGCACAAGGUUGAAUUCUCAAAUAACUCUAAGCAUUUGGUUGUUGCUGGCGAUACAGGGUUUCACGGAGUAUUUGAUGGAUUCAAUGGCAAUCAUGUCACUAAUGUUACAGGUUUCAGAUCCCUACAACGCCCCAUUCCCUCUGUGUCGCCCGUAUGCUUCUCCAUGGACGGCCGCUUUUUAUUCGGUGGAUCCAAUGAUCCGGCCUUGUGUGUAUGGGACUUGGGAGAUCUGAAGGACGAAAAAUCUAUUACACCGUCCAAAAUCAUUGAGGCGCCUCAGCAGCCCGCUAUUCUCGCAGUAAACCCGCGGACAAUGCUUCUUGCCACUGCAGACAGCUCGCUCACGUUCUGGCUUCCUUCCGCAUAG